AUCGAAUCCGCUUCUCGAUGAACAAGGUUGCGCGUCGAUUUCGGCGCAGAAUAAAUGCGAUUUGCGGCAGCGACGACACCGUGGGAACCAAGUGGCGCCCUUACCGGGCCGAGCCGAUCUACGAACGGUCGAUUUACGAGGACGGUUCGUCGGACGCGAACGUCGAUGCCCGCGAACUAAAGUCGAAUUCGUUCGAAAGUCGUUUGCGGAUUCCGAAGAAUCGGGACACGUUGGAUUGUUUGGAAAGGUUGGGCAUCGAAUUCGCGGAACUGAGACUGGUACGAGUCGAGAAGAGAGCAUCGGGAGUGGAACUGCUGCUCGGCGAGACGUCUCCUCGAAGCGCGAGACUCUGGGAAGCGUCUGGCGCGCGGACACCGAACCGGUUGCAGUCCAUGGCGUUGCUACGCGCCGAUACGCUCGCUCUCUGUCCAAUUUGUGGGAACGUGUUGCGCGCCACGCAGUACAGUCCACCGUUGUUUCAUCAAGCUCCGACGCUCCCGGCGCAGAUCGGCGGUCUCUGGCUGAGCGUCAAGUGCGAGAGCGUCGACGAAGGGUUCUGGGCUAGAAGAGUUUUUCGAAUUUAUUCGGGCGGAGGUCGUUGGACGGCGCGUUGGACGUAUUACACCGAUCACGCGUGUUCGAUUCCAUCGUGUACGGUCGUGGCAACCGGCAGUACCGGCGGUACCGGGCCUUACGCGCGACGCGAACGGUCGCGACGCGGGCUAGAGGAAUGGGGCGAGAAACGCCGGAGUCCCGGCAGGCGAGAGAGAGAGAGACUCGGCCAAGGAACGCGAGAUCGUCGGCCAAAUUCGAGCUCGUUCCUCGGUCGCGGAACCUUUCGUUUCAAGGACUUUGCCGGACCGUCCGGAGAAUCGGGCAAGCGCUCGAAUCUCUAUUUUCGGAUUUUUCGGAUUUUUCGAAUUUUCCAAAUGAAACGCCCCUCGGCGACCGGCGUUUCUUGGUCGAAAAAUUGUCUGCCGCCGAGAUACGCCGCCGUCUUCUCGGAGGCUUCCGCGAUGCCAGCGUUCGAGGCGAGAAUCAAUCUCGAUUGGAACGGCGAUUACGCUUUGCUUUUAGCUUCGUGGAAGGACAACGUCUGGGAGGCUCCUCUUCGUCGAUGCUCCGACACGAUCUCCUCGAGCGAUCUUCGAGCGAAAAGUUGCGCGGCCGAUUCGAAGUCGUGGCAGAGGUUUAUUUUCGUCUUCGCUUUUUCCGACGAGCUUUCUAUUCUGUUCGCGUUUUGUCUCGUCUCGCGUUGCAACGACCACGAUUGCUUCCUCGAGUAUCCGAUCCUUCUAUUUUUUACGUAUUGGCUGAAAUUUGUUUCUUUUCGAAGCGUACGAAUCGAUCGAUCGUCUCUUCCGAUCGGUACUUUGCACAUUCCGAUUUGUGUCUGCUGUUGGACAUAGAACGUGUAUCGAUCGUUUGUGUUUUUUAUCGCGAUGGCGAGCUGCGUCGCGCUUCCUUCGAUUUCUUUGGCCGACGCGAAACUACGUACGCGUGUAGUUAGCGAAUUGUAAAUAGCGCGCGAUCGCUCGAUCACCGAGCGAUCAACGAAGAAUAAACAUUGAAGCGCGAACCGGAUCUUGGAUCAUAGUUGUACCUGCGUACGUACGUUGUACGUACGUACAUACGUGUACGGUCUACGAAACGGACGACGCCUUGCCUCGUCUCGUCUCUUUUCGUUCUCGCGACCGAGCGAACACGAUGUUUCGGAUAUUCGACGCGAUUACGAUUGCCUGAACACGAUGUAGAAAUUGUAGAAAGUGAUUCGAAAGCGCAACGUUUAUGGCUGAAACUUUUAACGAAACGAAGAAAAAUCGUAUUCGAUCUCGCCGUAAUCGAUCGUACGCGGUGUACGGUCUACGGUGUACAGUGUACAGCAUACUAUGUAUGCGCGUGGUACAGUGUACACGAAGCAUACGUACGUAUCUUAAGCGUUAUCGUUGUAUGUACAUUGAUAUUGAUACGCGAGUGUGCUCUGAAAUAUACGAUUCCCAUUUCGCGCAUCUCGUUUCCCAUCAUCUCUAUCCUGUUCUUUCGCUUUCCGUUUUCCUUGCCCUUUCCUCGUGCAUCCGCACCUAUAACUCGCAUCCGCGUCUAUCGUAUAUACAUAUAAUAUAUGUAUAUUUUAGGCAAGGAACGAAGGAAAGAUGACCGUUCUCGCGCGAACUGUAGUAGACCGCGCGUCACGACUCGCGACAGUUUGUUGUCUUGCACCCGACGUCGCGUAUUUAAUAAUAGAUAAAAAACGUGGGCGUUCGAGCCGGGAAAAGAACGAGCCCGAGUCCAGAGAGCAGAGCAUCGGUAACCAUGCGACGAAUAUCGAGUGGAUCGAGUGUCAAACGCGCGUCGCGAGACGUGAAACGAGAAUGCAACGCGCGUUCGUGCGUAUUACGUAUGUAAAUAUGUACAUUGUAGUUUCCCGUUGACGCGACUGCUUUUCCGAAACGUCCGCUUCGAAGGGUCCGAGUUGUCCCGAACUGCGAGGCGAAAAACUACGAGUCGAUAAAGGUUCGAUGGUUGGUACAACGAUUCGUGCAACAGCCAAUAUACGUGUGCGCGUGUAUGCGCAUAGAUAGUCCCGAGCGUGGAACGAGCGAAACGCGAAACGAGAGAAUUAUCGAUCGUGCGGCCACGUCGCGGAGGCAACGAACGAGAAGAAGACGUUUGCGGUCCACGCAGCUCGAGACGCUCGAGACCAAGAUUCGAGUCGUGAAAUGGGAACGUCGAGACCGAUCGCAACGAUCUCCGAUGACAAAUUUUCCAAAUCUUUUAAACACGAUGACGUUGUCGCGGAAGAGUCUCCUGGGGCUUACGAUCGUUGCGACCGUUGGAUUGAUCGCGAUCACGUUAUCAACUUCGAACAGAUACGAUCUCGAACUGCGCAAAAGAGAUGGACUUUUGUUGGAAAUGCUAAAUAACAUUAGCAGCGAAUUGGACAGACUCGAUUCGGGGUACGACGGUAUGGCGACACAAAUGGAUCUUGCUAAACUUCGCUUGGUACAGUUGAUCAGUUUGCAUCGUGAAAAUCUUUCGGCUUGCGCGAUAUUCCGCGAAAAGCGCAAGAAAUCCGCCACGGAGAGAAUUCCGAGAGACAACGGCAACAACGAUGAUAUCGAUGUUGGUCGAAAAGAGAUCGAUAAGGUAACCGACCAGGAACAACUGUCGCGCAACAACGUUCCAACGUUCGAUUAAAAUUCGAUCGAAAUCGAAUUCGAGUAUGCACGCUUCUCCGAGAUGCCUGUUCUACUCUGCCGAUGUGCGAUUCUGUUUAUUUUCCUAGCCUAUUUGAUAGCGUUUCGUCGAGUUUAUAAAGAUAAACGAGUUCGUUGCAUCUCUCUCUCUCUCUCUCUCUCUCUCUCUCUCUCUCUCUCUCUCUCUCUCUCCCUCUACCUCUACCACGAUACUAACGAUUGUAUCGACCAACCGUAUGUAUUGGCAAUCGCUAAUUAUUUUUAAUAAUUAUUACGUUACCUAUAA